AUGGAGAAAUCCAAGAAUUUCCGGAUCGACGCGCUGCUGGCCGUGGAUCCUCCCAAGGCAACGGCCUCGACGGCGCAGACGUCGCCCCUGGCCUUGGUCACCUCGCUCUCCGGCGCCCACAGCAGCUCCAGCAGCAGCUCCAGCUCCAGCUCCAGCUCCAGCUGCAGCCCGCCGUCCUCGGCGGAUCCGCACACGGGCGGCUCUUCGGAUUGCCUGCGGACUGACAGCCCGUCCCCGCCGCGCAUCCUGAGCGCGCACUGCGGGCUGGUGCCCAAGCCCGGCUUCCUGGCAGGCGGCGGCGGCGCAGGAGUAGGGGGGCACCCGCACCACCCGCACGCCCACCCGCACCCGCACUCGGCCCUGGGACUGCACCCCGCGGCGCAAGGCGGCGCCGGCCUCCACCCGCAGGCGGCCCUCUACGGGCACCCCAUGUACGGCUACCCGGCGGCGGCGGCCGCGCUGGCGUCGCAGCACCCGGCACUGUCCUACUCCUACUCGCAGGUCCAGCCUUCCCACCCCGCGGCCGAUCCCAUCAAACUCAGCGCGGGCACCUUCCAGCUCGACCAGUGGCUGCGGGCCUCCACCGCCGGCAUGAUCCUGCCCAAAAUGCCGGACUUCAACUCCCAGGCGCAGUCCAACUUACUGGGCAAGUGCCGGCGGCCGCGCACUGCCUUCACCAGCCAGCAGCUGCUGGAACUAGAGCAUCAGUUCAAGCUGAAUAAAUACCUGUCACGGCCCAAGCGCUUCGAAGUGGCCACAUCCCUCAUGCUCACGGAGACACAGGUGAAGAUUUGGUUCCAGAACCGGCGCAUGAAGUGGAAACGGAGCAAAAAGGCCAAGGAACAGGCUGCGCAGGAGGCCGAGAAGCAGAAGGGGGGGAGCGCUGGGGAGGACAAAGUUGGUGACGAGGUGCAGCUGCCAGCUGGUGGGCCAGAGAAGAGUGCCGGGGGACGCCGCUUGCCUGAGUGCAGGGACAGUGACCGAGAAGAGGAGGAGGAAGAGGAGGAGGAAGAGGAGGAGGAGGAGGAAGACCGUUCUGGACACUGCUGCCCCUGUGGCUCUCCUGACUGCUCUGAUGGAGAGGAGGAGGACAGGAGGCAGCCCCACGGCAGGCAUGGGGGAGCCCACCCACAGCUGCCCCCUGCUCCAGCUCCCUGA